AUGGAUACUCUGGGCAAAGGAAUAAUUCAUGUCCCACGUGGACGUGGUCCUCCAAUGGUCCUGUGUCCAUCCAUUGAGUUUGUGAUGUCAACUAUGAGAUGUUCUCAUUCCGGAGGGGAGGGACGUCUCGAAACAUCUUCUGCUAAAAAUUUAACCGAUAUAGGAAUUAGAAGAAUCUUCUCUUCAGAGCAUGACAUUUUCCGGGAAAGUGUAAGGAAGUUUUUUCAAGAAGAAGUGAUUCCUCAUCACACAGAGUGGGAGAAAGCUGGAGAAGUGAGCAGGGAGCUUUGGGAAAAAGCUGGAAAACAAGGACUGCUCGGUGUCAACAUUGCAGAGCGUCAUGGUGGCAUUGGUGGGGACUUAUACUCGGCCGCUGUCGUUUGGGAGGAGCAAGCAUAUUCAAAUUGUACAGGCCCAGGUUUUAGUCUUCAUUCAGAUAUUGUCAUGCCCUAUAUUGCAAACUAUGGCUCAGAAGAACAGAUUAAGCGCUUCAUCCCCCAGAUGACUGCUGGGAAAUGUAUUGGUGCCAUAGCAAUGACGGAGCCUGGGGCCGGAAGUGAUCUACAAGGAGUAAGAACAAAUGCCAAAAAGGAUGGAAGUGACUGGGUUCUGAAUGGCAGCAAGGUAUUCAUUACUAAUGGGUGGAUGAGUGACGUCGUGAUUGUAGUGGCGGUCACAAAUCGUGAAGCUCGCACUCCUGCCCAUGGCAUCAGCCUUUUUCUGGUGGAAGACGGAAUGAAAGGAUUUAUCAAGGGACGAAAGCUACAAAAAAUGGGAAUGAAAGCCCAGGACACAGCAGAAUUAUUCUUUGAAGACGUACGGCUGCCAGCUAGUGCCCUCCUUGGAGAAGAGAAUAAGGGCUUCUAUUACCUCAUGCAAGAGCUUCCACAGGAAAGACUUUUGAUUGCUGAGUUAGGAGUUUCAGCCAGUGAAUUCAUGUUUGAAGAAACUAGGAACUACGUUAAACAAAGAAAAGCUUUUGGGAAAACAGUUGCACAUAUACAGACGGUGCAGCAUAAGCUAGCAGAAUUAAAAACACACAUUUGUGUAACCAGAGCUUUUGUGGACAGCUGUCUCCAGCUGCAUGAAAAGAAACGUCUGGACUCGGCCUCGGCUUCCAUGGCGAAAUACUGGGCAUCUGAAUUACAAAACAGUGUAGCUUAUGACUGCGUGCAGCUCCACGGAGGCUGGGGGUACAUGUGGGAGUACCCCAUUGCAAAAGCUUACGUGGAUGCCCGAGUGCAGCCAAUCUAUGGUGGUACCAAUGAAAUAAUGAAGGAGCUGAUUGCCAGAGACAUCAUCCGAGACAAAUAGACAUCUGCCCACAUCCUGGAAUCCUAUUACAACUAAUCUGGUUUUAAGUCUGCUCAAGAUAAAAUGCAACCUGGAAAGGGAGAAAACACUACACAUGUUUUCAAAUGUUCUCUUAUAGAAAAAAAAAAAAUUCAAAUGCAAAUAUAAGAUUAACACAAUGGGAGAAGAAAUCUUUGAAUCCAAAGAUUCUAAAAUUCUCUGACAUGAGGUUUAACUUCUAAUUUUUAUAUAGCUAAAAGGCAAAGAUUUGCUGAUUCUAGAAGCCUUAGUGUUUCAUUUUUACUCUAAAAGUCUAAAAAAAAUAAUGCUUCAGUCUUUAAAAUUGAGGCAGAAAUAAUUUUGUUAUUAUACUACAAAAACAUUAAUAGUAUUUACAGUACAUUGGCUUUGAAAGGAAAAAAAAUUUAUAAUUUAGAAUAGUAAAUCAUUUCAGCUAUUUUUUGCUCCAAAUUCUCCAGAACAGUAGAACUCCACCAGCCUAGCCUAAGCCUCUGUUUUUAAGUAAUGAAACCCUUUCUUCAAACAAAAACUUAUGCAGAGAGUCGCUGUAAAAUGGUGAUGAAUGAAGAGCUGCUCCAGUUGAAUCAGGAAGCCUUCCUAGGACUAGCUAAGCAUUUGCCUAACCCUGCUGGACAGUGCUGUUUGUUCCCGCAUCUGCUGACACCUGGGCUUUCAACAGAUUUCCAUCUCAGUUUUAUCGAAGAACAUAGAAUAAUCCAUCAUCCUCUAGCUUAAAGCUAUUGGUGUAUUUUAUCAGUAUCAAAACAGUGACUUAUUUUGGAGCAGUCUACUUUUUAAACUAAUUUAAUGAAUACUUUGUGCCUUUUAUAUGCCAGGCUGUUAAAAAUAUGAUGACAAAUGAAACUGGCAAGAUGCCUACUAAUAAAUAAAUAAACAAUAAGUUAUAAUAAAUGAUGUAAGAAAUAAACAAGAAAAUUUCAAACCAUAAGUACAAUGAAAGAAAUAAACAUUUCAAAUAGUAAAGUGAGGAAACCAUAUUUAAGACAAAAGUAAUUGUCAUCAUAAAAUAAACCGUUAAUUUAAUUUGUAAACUGUUAGCAUCAUUUCAAUACUGUUUUUCUUUGUAUAUACUGGUGAAACAGUGAAUAAAGUAAUUUUUAAAUGGAAACAAA